AGCGGUGCGGUCUGGGUCGGGUACCGAUCUGACAAGAUAAAGCUGCCGGAGAAUGGACAGUGAGGUCCAGAGAGAUGGAAGGAUCUUGGAUUUGAGUGAUGAUGCUUGGCGAGAAGACAAGCGGCCUUAUGAGGAUGUUGCAAUACCACUGAAUGAGCUUCCUGAAUCUGAACAGGACAACGGAGGCACCACAGAGUCUGUUAAAGAACAGGAAAUGAAGUGGACAGACUUAGCCUUACAGUACCUCCAUGAGAACGUUCCCCCCAUAGCAAACUGACCCUUGGCUCCUUUUUCAUGGACAGAUUUUUUAAAAAUACAUAGAUACAGAACGUUUUCUUCCAGUCUCCUAAUUGAAAUCUUUUAGUAAUAGAUCAGCACUCAACAAUGUACACCCACUUAGUUUGUGGCAGCAAAGUGCAAUGUGAAGAUACUCACCAGAGCGAGAAACUGAUUGAGAUUUCUCAGGAGUGCAGAAUAUUUGGCUCUCUGAACCUAAAGGUCUUCAUUCACUGGCUUGUGUCUGAACAUCAUGAGUUAAACAUUUGCCUUUAACUCUGAUUUUGCUUUACUAUCAGAGCUUAACACAUGCCAACUGCUUAUCUGUGUCCUGUGACACGGGUGAUUGAAAAUAUGAGAGGGAAAGGCAAAAAGGAAGCCACACGUGAAGAGAAUUAUUACCAUCUCAUAUACCCCUAUUCUGAGAAGAUUCUGAGUGAUGUGUGUGAAGCCUGUAGAUGUAAUGGAUGUAUAGAUAGCCUGUUUACUGAUUACUGGGACUCCUAAGAUUCCCUGUAGGAUUUUCAAACUUUGGAUACAUUUACAGAUUAAAAAGUUAUCUGACAGUUACCUCUGCUGCCCCUACAACUUCCUUUGGUGCCUCUGGAAAGGAUCUUUGGCUAGAUGUUUUAUCUAGUAACAGCAUUUCUUAUUUUCUCAAAGCGCUUUCAGAUGUAACUGAAACACCAUGGAGUCAGAUUUAGUUAAGCAUUUGUAUAAGAACUUGUAUUUUGCAGAACCCAUUCAUGGACAUUGAUCUCCUGGAAUUGUUUGCCUCUGUUAAGUGGCAUCUUUCUUGUUCUGUGCCCAGAUCAUAAACUCUGGGAAGAGGCCCUGCCUUAUACUUCUGUAUCCCUCAUUGAAAAACUGAAAACACUGAAUAAUUGGGGGGG